CAGUGACCCGGAGAGUGGGGGGAGGGAAAUUAAUGACUGCUUGGCUGGGCCUCCUUUUAUUACUUCCAGGAUUCUCUCCAUGGAGUGGUGGAGCAUUGUUAGCUUAAGCAAGAAAAUAACGCUGCUGCGUCUCUAGUAACGGCUAACAGGAAUUCUCUAAGAGUUCCACACGUGAGGCUUUCAGAUGUGAUACAUCACUGUAAUUAUGGUUGGCUCAUUUGGACGACUGCAGGACACAACUCCAUCCUGGAAAGGCUUUUCCCUUUUUUCACUUGGCAGUGCAUUGAUUUAAGCUCCUUUUCGUGAAGAUGGGUAUGCAAUUUUUGAGAUGCAAUUGCAUUUUGAAGUUUGAGGCUUUCCAUAAAUCCAAGGAACAACUUACAGUUCAUAUGUGCAAAGAUGAUGUUUGCCUUCUUCUGCUGCAGCGUGCAGGGCAAAAGAGAACAGGACCCACAUGUCAGUGGUCUAGGAUGGCCAGUGAAGGCGCCAACAUCCCAAGUCCUGUGGUGCGUCAGAUUGACAAACAAUUUCUGAUCUGCAGCAUAUGCCUGGACCGUUACAAGAAUCCCAAAGUACUCCCCUGUCUGCACACUUUCUGUGAGAGGUGCCUACAGAAUUACAUUCCAGCCCACAGCUUAACCCUUUCUUGCCCAGUGUGCCGCCAAACGUCCAUCUUGCCAGAGAAAGGGGUUUCUGCUCUUCAGAAUAACUUCUUCAUCACCAACCUGAUGGAUGUCCUGCAGCGAACUCCAGACAAUAGCAUUGAGGAGUCUUCCAUCUUGGAGACUGUCACAGCUGUUGCUGCAGGGAAGCCACUCUCCUGCCCCAAUCAUGAAGGAAAUCUGAUGGAAUUUUACUGCCAGUCUUGUGAGACAGCCAUGUGCCGGGAAUGUACAGAAGGCGAGCAUGCAGAGCACCCCACGGUACCUCUCAAAGAUGUAGUAGAACAACACAAGGCUUCGCUUCAAGCACAGCUAGAUGCUGUCAACAAAAGGCUUCCAGAGAUAGAUACAGCACUUCAUUUCCUAUCUGAAAUUAUACAUCAGCUGACCAACCAAAAGACCAGCAUCGUAGAUGAAAUUCAUUCCACUUUUGAUGAACUCCAGAAGACUUUAAAUGUCCGCAAGAGUGUGUUGCUCAUGGAACUGGAAGUGAAUUAUGGCCUUAAACAUAAAGUCCUGCAGACUCAGCUUGAUAGCCUAUUGGAAGGACAGGAAAACAUAAAGAGUUGUAGCAACUUUACAGCCCAAGCACUCAACCAUGGAACCGAGACGGAAGUCUUGCUUGUUAAGAAGCAAAUGAGCGAUAAGCUGAACGAGCUGGCUGUCCGCGACUUCCCACUGCAGCCUCGUGAGAAUGAUCAACUGGACUUCAUAGUGGAAACGGAUGGGCUGAAGAAGUCCAUUCAUAAUCUUGGUACUAUUUUAACCACAAAUGCUGUCGCUUCUGAAACAGUGGCCACAGGUGAAGGACUGAAGCAGACGGUGAUAGGACAGCCUAUGUCGGUCACCAUCACCACCAAGGACAAGGAUGGUGAGCUCUGUAAAUCCGGGAACGCUUACCUCACGGCUGAGCUCAGCACACCUGAUGGGAGUGUCGCGGACGGAGAAAUACUUGACAAUAAAAAUGGCACUUACGAAUUUUUGUAUACUGUCCAGAAAGAAGGGGACUUUACCCUUUCCUUGAGACUCUAUGAUCAGCAUAUCAGGGGCAGCCCAUUCAAACUCAAGGUAAUCAGGUCGGCCGAUGUGUCCCCUACCACCGAAGGAGUUAAGAGGCGUGUGAAGUCUCCUGGCAGUGGACAUGUGAAGCAGAAAGCUGUGAAAAGACCAGCUAGCAUGUACAGCACUGGCAAAAGGAAAGAGAACCCCAUUGAAGAUGACCUGAUCUUCAGAGUAGGUACCAAAGGGAGAAACAAAGGGGAAUUUACAAAUCUUCAGGGAGUAGCUGCAUCUACAAAUGGGAAAAUAUUAAUAGCGGACAGCAAUAAUCAGUGUGUGCAGAUAUUUUCCACUGAUGGCCAGUUCAAGAGUCGUUUUGGUAUCCGGGGAAGGUCCCCUGGUCAGUUGCAGCGGCCUACGGGAGUGGCUGUGCAUCCUUGUGGUGACAUCAUUAUUGCCGACUAUGACAAUAAGUGGGUUAGCAUAUUCUCCUCUGAUGGAAAAUUUAAGACAAAAAUUGGAUCUGGAAAGCUCAUGGGACCAAAAGGUGUUUCUGUGGAUCGCAAUGGGCACAUCAUUGUGGUGGACAACAAAGCAUGUUGUGUGUUUAUCUUCCAGCCAAAUGGAAAAAUAGUAACCAGGUUUGGAAGCCGAGGCAAUGGAGAUAAGCAGUUUGCAGGGCCUCAUUUUGCAGCCGUCAACCACAAUAAUGAAAUUAUUAUUACCGAUUUCCACAACCACUCGGUCAAGGUAUUUAACCAGGAAGGUGAAUUCAUGUUGAAAUUUGGAUCUAAUGGAGAAGGGAAUGGACAGUUCAACGCUCCAACAGGAGUAGCUGUAGAUUCUAAUGGAAAUAUUAUUGUAGCAGACUGGGGAAACAGUCGAAUACAGGUUUUUGAUGGGAGUGGAUCCUUUUUAUCCUAUAUUAACACAUCCGCCGAUCCACUUUAUGGUCCGCAAGGUUUGGCCCUUACUUCAGAUGGUCAUGUUGUAGUUGCAGACUCUGGCAAUCACUGCUUCAAAGUCUAUCGAUACUUACAGUAACAACUGCGGCGGCUCCUGCUCAAGAAGUUACUAGCCUCUGAGGGCCAACAUAGAUCUUUUUGUGUGUGUAGGAUGUCUACUUCUUAAAUAUUUCAAUUUUAAUACUGAAGGAGUCUCCAGUUUUUGUUUUUUUUUAAUUUCCAGACCUACCUUGUUUACAUAGGACUUGCACCUCAUACGUUAAGCACUGAACUGAUUAUAAGGAUUAAUAAAUAAGACCCUCUUCCCUCCCCACUGAAUUUAGAGACAAUGGGAUACUAGACAUGUGAACUGCAGCUUGUAGAUCAGGCGUUCAUGUAAUUGACUGGGGGGGGGUGAGGUUCUGAAGGAGGGAAAAGAAUUUUAAAAGCAACAUGAUCUAAAGCGUUUAUUUAACAUGUGAAUGGGAGCACUUGUUUAAAGCUUCCAUUUUUGGAAAUUGUUACUGUAGAGCAUUAUUUAACCCAGCAGGAAGUCUGGGAGUCUUCUAGAUCGCAUAGCGCUAGUAAGUAUUACACUUGUAACAUUCUUCAGUCUUAGUAACUGUAAUGAGUAGUUUCUUUUAGUAAAGAGAUAUGGUUAGCCCUUCCUGUCAGACCUAACACAGCUUAACUUCUAGCACUACAAAAAUCAAUGCAAACUUCUUGCCCUCUGUGGGAUUGAUGUACAUGUUUAUCAAUUUUCCUACUGCUCAGUGUGUGUUGUAGGGAUUUUCCCGGAAACCUGAAACUUCUAAAAAGCUAUGGGAAUAUAUUCCAAUAGGGAUAGAUUACUGCUGGCACUUCAUAAAACCAGUUUCCUAUUAGCGCUGUACUGAUUCAUUAGAAAGUUAAUUGCCAUUAUGUCAACCUCGCUAGCUUCACACCUGACACCCGUGUUUCAGACAGCUUCUUGCUAUGGUUUAUGAAAGCAAUCAGCUUUGUUCCAAUUGCCCAUUUUCACAUAGGAUAAUAAGCCACACAUGUACCACAUCUGAGGGCCUGCCUUGUGCAACCAAAGGAGAGUUUGGUGGUCGACAGUUUUUUUUGUUUGUUUCAUUUUGGGUAAAACCAAGGGUUACCAAAGCAGGUGUGCAUUUGUUUGAAUUCCAGAAAGACUGAGCACCAGAAUUAAUUGAACAAGUCUUGGAAGAUCCUUAUGAGUGCGAGAGUGUUCUACAGAGGGAUUUCAAAAACUGUUCAUGACUUCCUCCCUCAUAUGCGCAUGUAGUGUGGGGAACAAAAGAACAAGGAGCAUAAAUGUACAAGGAGCAUAAAUGUAGGUGAUAACAAACAGGAAUGUGCAUAACCCUGUGUAUGAGAGAAUAUUCUGAAAGGGUCUAUUUCCCUCUCUUCCCCUUCCCACAUACAAGUCUUGCAACUUAUAAUUAUCAGAUUCACCUCAGUGCUUGCAAUGUGUUUUCUCCUUUUGCUUAAGUUAUUUCCAUCAAAUACACUUUUGCCUACGUUGUUACAUCAAGUGAGAAGAAAAAUACAUUUGACAGCAGUGUGGGGUCACGAAUUGCCUCCGGCCUUACGCAAGAAGAUUCCUGAUGGUGUGGUUCGUGAAUCCCAAAUUUUACGUUUUUCUUCUUGAUCUUUAGUUUGACCUAUCAGGGUGGAAUCUUAAUAUCAGCCAGCCUGCACUUUUGGGGUGGGUAGAGCCUUAAAACAUUUAAAUAAUGAGUACAAUGAGAAGACUUGCAAAAAUGAAGAUUAUUACCUACUUUGCCCACAAUACAGUAGCUAAAAAGUUGGUUGUUUUAAACUAAGGAAUAGAUAAGCACUGUUUAAAGGCUUUUACUCCUUCUCACUUACUGUUAUAAAAUAAACAUCUUAAAUGAGUAAUGCUAAGAAUCUAAAUUUAUGGUUCCUGGAUUAAUAUUUUUGAGUGUCUGCAAAGGCAAUAGACAGACACUGCAUGCUAUUAGUCUCAGACACUGAACCACCUUGAAAUCUAUUUAAAUUCUUUGUGAAAAGGGAUAUCCUAUUUACAAUUUUAUAUGUAUUUAUUAAGCCAUGCAAGCAAAAACAAAACAAAAAAAACCUUAAGUUGUCUCGUAAUUGUUAUUGAACUUUUAAUAUAAAGGAACUCACAAACUGUUAAGUAUGUUAUUACUAUAGACGUAAUUCACAACAUAUUGUCAAACCAAUCUGGCUUAAAAUUUUAGAUGCUUAUGCUUUUAUAAACAUGUUCUUGUGACAAAAGGAAAUAUUCACUUGAAUGUUACUGUUCUUAGUUCGGCAAUUUCUUAAACUGGAUCUAGGAGCACAACUGUCCAUCAUGAUACCUUCUCACUUCAAGUGAAGAUCUGUGCUCACAUCUCAAUGGAAUUUUUGUAGGAGCCCUUCCCAGUGAAUUGUAUUAGGGAAGCAUCCAAACUUAAAUUGUUAUAAAUUCACACUUGGAGACCAUUUCAUGCAUGCGGACAUUGUCCUUCAAAUGCUUUCCUAAAGUAAUUGUUUCUUAAUCCUAGUAAAUAAUACCUUAGUAAUGUUGUAUGUACUACCAACUCAAAUUUUAAUUAUUGCUUAUUUCCUUUACAACAAAGCUAACAUAUGUUAAGGGUAAUGUGGCCUUUCCCUCAAUAUCUAACUUUUUUU